UUUGAUCUUCUGCCAACUUCCCGAUCAAUCGGAGACAUUGAAGAUGAUGUAUCAGCAGAUCGAAGCGAUGGCCAUGCUCUGCUAAAACUAGCAACUAGUAUUAAUUCCCUACACGGCCAUCCCGAUGAACUCGAACCCCAUGGACAUUCGCGCAUUGUUGAAGCCUCGGGUUCUAUCGUUGAUGGAAUGGAUAUGAUCGCAAACGUGGCGGCGAUGGGGCGCGAAUCGAUAAACUCACGUCAGCGUCGACGCAGUGGGCAUCAUCACACUGCUGCCUCUCUCACAAGUCUGGUUGUGGCUAGCGCUGCCAGACGACGUCAAACGUCUGGGAUGAGGGUAACUCGUAAGUUAAUUUCCUCUGCUUAA